GCGGCCGCCAUGGACUGAGCGCCGCCGACAUGGGGCCGCCGCUCGCGCUCCUGCUGCUGCUGCUGCUGCUGCCGCGCGCCCCGCCCGUCGCCCCCGCGCCCGCGCCCCGCGCCCGGCCGCUCCCGGGGCUGCUCGGCUGCCUGUUUGAAGAUGGCCUCUGCAGACCCGCUGAGACCUGUGUGAAUGACGGAGUGUUCGGACGGUGUCAGGAGUUUCCGGCCAUGGACACGCUCCGCUAUGAAGUGUCGCCGGGGGUCCUGCAGCACCUGACGGCCACCCUGCAGAAGCUCUCCCGCACAGGUCUCACGUGGCAGGAUGACUCCACCCAGCGCAUGAUGGCCCGGGAGCUCGCCAGCCUUCCCCAGACCCACCCGCGCCACCCCGAGGCGUCCAGCCCCGCCAGGAGCCCGAAGCAGAGCGUCCCGGACGAGCGGAGCCUCAGCCUGGAGGGUGGCGUGCUGGCCGAGGCCCUGCAGCGCUACCUGCCCUACCUGGAGGCCCUGUCCCAGGCAGCCGCCGCCAACGCCCUCCCGGAGCUGGACAGGCCACCUGCCCAGGGUGAGGACCCCCUGGCCGACAGCGUGCUGACCUUCGUGGCCCAGACGUCCGCUCUGACCUACGCUCCCGCGGCGCGCGCGGACCUCGCAGGGGGCCGCCCCCUGCGCACGCUCCGCCGGCUCCCGCCGGACGAGCUCAGCCCCAAAGUGGCCGGCGGGGUGGACAGGCAGCGUCUGGUGGCUGCGCUGGGCGCCUACGCGGCCCGAAAGGCCCCCGCGCCCGCCAGGGACAGCGACCCCGCGCCCCGCGGCCUUGUGCGCGCGCCUUGGAGAGCGCCUCGGGUCCUGUCGGCGCCGGCGGACCCCCAGAGAUGGCCUUCGCCUGCGGACCCCAGGGACGCCCCGGUCACAGACGAUGAAGCUCGUAUUCAGACACUGCUGAAGGACCUGUGGAAGCGCCCGGCCGGCGUGGAGGGUCUGAGUGCCCUGGACGUGGACGAGGUGGCCCACGCCCUUGCAAUCACGGUGCCGAGUGGGGGCGUGGCUGGGAGGGCCAGCGGACGCGGAGCAGAGGCGAACGGCGCAGGGGCCGCGCUGCACAGAGACCACGUGCCAGAGAGCAGACUGCGAGACGGCGACGGGGGACUCUACCAGGAGGUGAACCGUCUGGGUGUCCAACUGGGGGACCUCCUGCAGGGCCCUGGGUCUCCGUUCCUGCCGGCAGCCCCCCGUCUCACCGAGCCCUUCAAGACGGAGAGCAAGAAGGGGGAUGAUGCCGAGGGCUCCCUGUCUUCGGAGGAGGAGCACGCGGGCGUGGAGAACGUGCGGAGCCAGACCUACUCCAAGGAGCUGCUGCAGAGGCCGCCGCAGGCGAGGCCCGGGCCGGGCACUGCCCGGCAGGAGGCCCUGCACCUUGGGGCCGGCGCACAGGUACCCCCCGGCCCAGGCCUGCGGCUGCAAGUCCAACCCCCCGAGGAGGAGUAUGGCUACAUCGUGAUGGAAAAUGACUCCCUGAGCCUGGACGAGGGCACGCAGGCGCUGGAGGGCGUGGCGCAGCUCCUGGAGGUGCCAGCGGGCGUCUUCACGGACGUUGAGGUCGAGGGGCCAGUGGUGACCUUCAGGGUGCGCGCCAACGCCCAGAACGUGACCGCAGCGGCGGCGGCGAAGGCGGCAGCUGACAACAGAGAGAAACUGCAGACCACGUCUGGGCUGAGAGUUCUUCAGGCCGGAGUCGGCUCGAGAAGCAGAAUCAAGCUUCUGCCUCACCAGGCAGCGCGGGAGGACUCCACCAAGUUCGUGGUGCUCACCCUGGUCUCCAUCGUGGUCAUCGUGGGGGUCUUGCUGGCGUCCGGCGUCAUCUAUUGCCUGCGACACAGCUCUCACUACAGGCUGAAGGAGAAGCUCUCCGGACUGGUGGGUGACCCGGGCCCAGAUGCCACCGACGCCUACCAGGAGCUGUGCCGUCAGCGCAUGGCGGUGCGCACGACCGAGCGCCCCGAGGCCGCGCACACGUCCCGCGUCAGCAGUGUGUCCUCCCAGUUCAGCGACGGGCCCAUGCCCAGCCCCUCCGCGCGGAGCAGCACCUCGUCCUGGUCAGAGGAGCCCGUGCAGCCCAACAUGGACAUCUCCACUGGCCACAUGGUCCUGGCCUACAUGGAGGACCACCUGAAGAACAAGAACCGCCUGGAGAAGGAGUGGGAGGCGCUGUGUGCCUACCAGGCCGAGCCCAACAGCUCGCUCGUGGCCCAGAGGGAAGAGAACCUGCCGAAGAACCGCUGCCCGGCGGUGCUGACCUAUGACCACUCCCGGAUCCGGCUGAAAUCGGAGAACAGCCACAGCAGCUCCGACUACAUCAACGCCAGCCCCAUCAUGGACCAUGACCCCAGGAAGCCCGCGUACAUCGCCACCCAAGGACCCCUGCCCUCAACUGUGGCUGACUUCUGGCAGAUGGUGUGGGAGAGCGGCUGCGUGGUCAUCGUCAUGCUGACGCCCCUCUCGGAGAACGGCGUCCGGCAGUGCUACCACUACUGGCCGGACGAGGGCGCCAGCCUCUACCACGUCUACGAGGUGCAUCUGGUCUCUGAGCACAUCUGGUGCGAGGAUUUCCUCGUGAGGAGCUUCUACCUGAAGAACCUGCAGACCAGCGAGACGCGCACAGUGACACAGUUCCACUUCCUGAGCUGGUGUGACCAGGGGCUGCCUUCCUCCACCAGGUCCCUCCUGGAUUUCCGCAGAAAAGUAAACAAGUGCUACAGGGGACGCUCUUGUCCAAUAAUUGUCCACUGCAGUGACGGCGCUGGCAGGAGUGGCACCUACGUCCUGAUCGACAUGGUUCUCAAUAAGAUGGCCAAAGGCGCCAAGGAGAUCGACAUCGCCGCCACCCUGGAGCAUCUGCGGGACCAGCGACCGGGCAUGGUCCAGACCAAGGAGCAGUUCGAGUUUGCCCUGACGGCCGUGGCCGAGGAGGUGAACGCCAUCCUCAAGGCCUUUCCCCAGUGAGGCCGGAGGCGUCCACGACCGGGGGCCCCGUCAGCGACCACGGACGUCGUGACCGCGUCUCUGCUGCAACCGCCUAGAGCUCUGGUCCUCAGGACUCGACAGUCAGUGCAGCUUAGCAGUUAAAUGUGUGUUUGUUCAGCCAAAUAAUGAUAAAGGGAGAUCUAUGGGCAGAUGCAAUGAUGGGGGGCAAUCAGUUCUUCUAUUUUCGAUUUCUUGAAAAAACUUUAUUUUUCCUUAAAACACACAUCCAUGUUCUUAAUUGCCAAUCAUGCCGUACGGACGGCACCAUCGGUGUGGUCCCCAGAAGAGGGCUGGUCUGUGACUCGUCACUCUCCGGAGGGUCGGCCAUGCAGGGCGGGGCCCAGAGGGGCCACCGGGCCACCCCAGAAGACACACUCGGCGUUUGUCCUUACGACUGUGUACCACUGGGAGAAACCACAGGCUUCUUCAGGAGUUAGGUGGACGUGACGGGGACAUUCUGCAGCUUUGGGGUAGAUCAUAAAACACAAUCGUGCCAGCUCCUCAUCCGAUCUGGGCUGCUGCACACCCUCCCCCAAGCACUGCUGGGGGACAGCGACAGCCCCUCCCACACUUCCACUCCCCCAGGACAGCCGGGGCCCCGGGGCAAACGCCUUCCCACCCAGAGUGCCUCCUUCCAGGCCAGUAGACAGGGACACUUGGCAAGGCCCUGGCGGAGCCCCAACCUCCAGACACGGCUUUUAGCUGCAAAUAGGGGUUUACACGCGUGUGCUCUCACUUCAGCCGUGUCUGACUCUUUGCGACCCCGUGGACUGCAGCCCGCCAGGCUCCUCUGUCCAUGGGCUUGCCCAGGCGAGAAUACUAGAUUUCACCCGGAUGCAGCUCAACGCUUCCCUGAGGGGUAAUGAAAAUGGGGCCAGGCCUGUGUGGUCCCCUCCCCAGGAAGGCUCGGGCCCUGCUGGCAUCCGGAGAGGACCGGGAAUGCCCUCACCAUGGGGGGAGUGCAGGGAGGCCCGCUGUUUUUCGCUUCUUGCCUGCAUGGAAUCCAGGCAUCUGGGACGCAGUGGCGGCCGGGCCCCUCCCGGGGCUCAGGCUCCUGGCCUCUCAGGCAGAUCCCCAUCUGAUGUCACACAGACACACGUCUAGCGAUCCUUCAGAUUUGCCAAAAUAGCACUUGGGCGCCCCCACCCCAAAACAGAGGAAUGCGCUUCACUGGACUGAGGACAGUUCGAGGCCGAGGGGGCCGUGCGGGCCGCUCUGUGUGCCGCUGGCCUCGCUUCAGGGAGUGAGACGCUCCUGUGGCCCUGGGCCCUCUGCUUCCCGUGCGGCACACCGUCCUCUCAUCUUAAACAGAUGCCGCGUCUCAAAAAGCGGGACAGGGAAGGUGGCCGACCGAAUGGGGAGAAAGAUGCCAAAAUACUGUUCGUGUCUCUAAAUGGUGUUGUCGUGUGUAUCUGCUUUAAUAUAUCGAUCAUUUCCUUCCCAAAGCUGUUUCUCUACUUGGAAUCUAAACAAUUAAUGGAAACUAGUUUAUCUAAACAUAGGAAGCAUAUACCUACUUGUAAUUUCUAACAUUUUAUGUUUCUUCAGUGUGAGACAUACAAAUAUAUUUAAUUGUGUCUGAUUAAACUCCUGAUUUCACA